CAGUUUUUGAAUUUAUGAGAUUCAGAGCGGUUUGAAACGGUUUAGAGCGAUUUGAAUGAUUGUUGUAAACCGCCAACAACCGCUGACAACCGCUACCGACCGCAAAAGCUGCGUUUGCGGGUGGUAGCAGGAAAACAAGUCGUCCCCUUAAGUCUUUUAAUCCCAAUCUUUAACUCACUGUAGCUAUAUACGUAUCUCUCUGUACGUAUGCGUUACGUGUGUGUGCUAUAGAUAUUAAUAUAUGUACAUUUUUUUAAUUGUAGUUUUUCUUGGUAGCAGUUACUUGGUUGAUAUUUAACAUUCUAGAAAGAUUUUAGCCCCAAAGUCUUAUCAAUUCGCAGUUGACCCUUUAUUUUAUAUAGUACUAAUCAUGGACAUAUUAUAAUUUUGUGCACUUGACAAUGACAUUUUACCAGCCAGUAUCUGUCGGCCUUUCUCAAGAAUCCGGUUCGACAUGGUCCGGACAUAUAUGAAUCUUCUGAAAACCGGACCGUGAUUCAGUUGAUCUCCCCGGUUUGAUUAUUAAGGUAGAACGAUCAGUUUUGUUAAGAAACGAAAUAAACAGCCAACUUCAAGUUACCUUUUUUAUUCUUUUUAUGCAAGUAAUCAUUUGAGUUUGGUGAUUAGGAAACCUUCAUAGUUACCAGGAACUCAGGAAGAUAAGUUAUUUUAGGUAAGUUUCCUCGUACGGUCCUAACUACAUAACCUAAUAGAUGUCAGAUUAGAUGUCUCCAUUAUCCAAUAAAUAAACCCUGUUAAUCACAACCGCCCUAAGUAUUAACUAACAAUUAAACCCUGAAACCUAAUCUUGUCUAUAUUAAGUCCUAACCCCACCUUUCACAAUUUGCCUAAUAAUAAACCUUAAAACCCUCUUAAUAUUUUAUAAGAAGACGCAGUUUGAAAGCUAGUCUCUUCGUUAAUUUAUUCUUUAAUUUAUAAAAUUCAUCAAGAACAAAUUAACUCUUUUUCAGAAGAAAAAACAUAAUGGCGUCUAUUGCGACCAGUCUCGUUGUUAUUGUUACCAUGUUGGUCUCAGCCGUGGCCGUAGCUUCAGAGUCCAACAUGCUUCGAGAUGUCUGUGUUGCUGAUUUGUCCAAUGCGGUCAAGGUCAACGGAUACACAUGCAAGGACUCGACACAAGUAACACCCGAACACUUUUACUUUCAAGGCUUAGCCACCGCCACAGCUGCCUCAAACACAAGCACCGGGGCCGUUGUAACCGGAGCCACCGUGGAGAAGUUACCAGGACUCAACACUCUCGGUCUCUCCAUGUCACGCAUUGACUACGCACCAAACGGCCUUAACCCACCGCACAUUCACCCACGUGCUUCCGAGAUCAUCUUUGUCCUAGAGGGUCAGCUCUACGUAGGCUUUGUAACGACCGCUGGAAAACUCGUGGCCAAGUACAUCAACAAAGGAGAUGUUUUCGUUUUCCCCAAAGGACUUCUCCAUUUCCAGAAGAACAUUGCUAAGUCGGCUCCUGCUUCUGUAAUAGCGGCUUUUGAUAGCCAGUUGCCUGGAACACAGUCACUAGUGUCAUCUCUUUUUGGAGCUCUCCCCGAAGACAUUCUAGUUAAGUCAUUCCAGUUCAAACCCAAACAGGUUAUGAGGAUCAAGUCCAGAUACCAACCCAAGAAAUGA